CUCGUUGUCAGCCGUUUACUUCAGAAAUUCCGGUGUUCAGCAGGCAGAAACCCAAAAUCCCGUUACAGAGGAGCGUGAGUCUUUCCUGGAAGCAACUCUCGACAACCGUGGGACUUGCGAUGACCAAAGCCAACAUCAUGGAGCAGACUUUGGGCAAACCUGCCCCAACCGUCUAUCCAUGGAUCAACACUGAUAAUGUUACCGGAGACGUGAAAAAGAGUUUCGCCUUCGUCUAUGGCAGACUCAAGUUCCAAGCAGGGCGGGUGGACGACCUGGAAGCGCAAAUGAAGCAUCUCAAACAGUUUGUCGGAGACGCUAAGACGAAGUUCGAAGCGGAUAUCGAGGGACUGCAAAGCGAUAUUGGUGAUCUGAAAGCGCAAAAUCAGCAGCUGCGAAACGAGCUGGAUGCUGAGAGGGCUCGAAACCAGCGACUAGAGACUACGCUCGAAGAUUCACGAAAGUCGAUCUCCCGGAUCGGUCAACAGCUGAAUGAUCUCUCCAACAAGUUUGAUGGCCACAUGACUAUUGCUUUUGCACACUUCAAAAGGACAGAUCGAGUUGUGCCAGAUUUCCUACAGCGAAUUGAAUGGCUGGACCGGUCCAGCAAUACCUACAGUCAGAGCAUUGCAGAGCUGAGAGAGGACUUAGAGGACCGCUUCGAGACAGUAGUGAUCCAUAACCAGGACGGUUUACGCCACAAUCGAACUGCCUGGAUCGAAGGUCUAGAGAAGCUCAGAAUCGAGACGGCAGAAAAGCUCGACACAGCGACAAAUCACUUCUCCACCGCUGUUGAAUCCGUGCAAGCAAAAACUCUCGAGCAUACGAAAACAUUUAAUAAAACCGCUCUGGUGCUGGACCGUAACUCUAAACGUAUCGAAGAGCUCGAGGUUGCGAAGGCCUCGACACAUGCACUGGAACGCAUGAAUCAGCGCGUCGAGCAACUUGAAAGUGCUACAGGAUCACAUGAUGUGACAUUCCAAGCUUCUCAGGGCAUAGAUACCAGACUCGAUUCCCUAGAUGCCCGCCUGAGCGCGUCGGAAGUCGCCCACUCUUCGAUUCGGGCGCCGAGUUUGACACCCCCGACUACCACAACAGCUGCUUCCGAUCUCAAUGACCUUCGAAAUAAGGUUGAUGCAAUCGACUUACACAUGAAGAAUGAACUUGCCUCAUUUGGAAACUGCAAAGACCGACUCGCCGCAUUGGAAUAGCACCGUGGUACAGCUGCAUCUUGGAAGCUUGACAAGAGAGUCAGCGUAUUGGAAGACAACUACAACACGAUGAGCAGCAACCUUUCAGCCAAGUUCGCCAAGUGUGUUACUCAGGAGCAAUUUGUUGCUGCUGGGAACUUCCUCGCCUCCUCGCUCCAUAAGACCAUCCAGGAACAUCUGGACGAGUUGCAUCAGAGAAUGGCGAGUGAUGUCAUGCUGUUAAAUAGGCGAUGGGGCCAGCACCUAUGCAA